UCCACCUUUCCAUCAUCUUCCGCAUUACUCGCUUUUCCCCCACCACCAUCCAUCCAUCCAUCUCAUAAGCCGCCGUCAUCGUAUUCUCCACAUCCGUUCCCGGCUAUCGCAAUUUUCAGAUCACCGCUACGACCCUUGGAACCCAAGAAACCGGCCUUUUCUCCAGACUUCCAUAACCCCCGCGGGCGCGCAAACGGCAUGUCUUCCGUCCCUUCUCCUCACCAUCCUCCAUCCCGGCCUGUCCUCCAACCCACAUCGACAAACACCUUACAUCCACAUCCACCCGUAGCUUCAUCCUCUACACAUAUGUAUCAGAACCAUACCCUCCCAAGACGGAACGGGAUCGUCUCUUCUCAGAUGCGGGUAGAUAUUCACGCCAUCAAGCAAGAGUUGCAUGACGUCCUUGGAGAAGCGGGACUGCCUUAUUGGAAAAGCUUGAAUGCAUACUUGGUGGGACAGCUGGGGAGGGCUGAGCUAGAGGAUAUGGUGAGAGGAUGGUUAAAAGGUGAUCACUUACACCUACAUAACAAACUGCUCUCCUCCCUACUCACCAACGCUUCCAUCCCCACACACGACGGCACCUCGUCCUCCCUCCAACAACGGCACAAACGUCAAAGACCAUCCGUCAACGAUCCCGAUUUCGAUGUGGAUGACACACUGAUCGAGAGUAAACGACGAGUUGAAGGGUGGGUGAUGAAUCUCGGGAAAAAGGAGCGGGCGAGGGUGAAGAAGGCUUUGGCGGGGGCAGCAGAAAAGGGCGUUUUGGGCGCAGCAGCAGCAGCGGAAAAGGAUAUGUGGGGAGGUGUUGGCGAAAAGCGAUGGAGUCCUUACACUUCCAACUCCCUCAUCCCACCGCUCGCACUGCCCACACGCCACCUCCCCUCAUCCCACCAGCUCGCCCUCCGUCUCUCCCAAUUCGCCAAACUACACGACCUCUCCAUCCCCUCCACCUCUUCCUCCACAGCAGCAGCAGACGAUAUAGGCGAAUUUAUGGCCGUCGGGAUGGACGCCCAUAUGGGCGAUAUCUUGCAUGGGGUCGUACACCUUACAGGGCGGGAUAGGCCCGGGGAAACGACGAUUAGAGUGCCGCUUGGGAAAAAAGCGGCCGGUCCAACUUUCGGAGCAGGACGAGAGAGUAUGCAACAACUCGAUAACGACCAAAAUCAAAACCCCAGCACAUCCACAUCUACAUCCCGAGGCAACAUCCCCCCGCCCGACCUCGAAACAUUCCUCCACCUCCUCACUCUCCACCCCAACCUCCACCCCAACAUCUCACCCGCGAUCCACAGGCUAAUGACAGCACAUACCCUCGCAGAACUCGAAGCUGCCAAUCCUUAUCCCUAUCCCAACACCUAUGCCAAUGCCAAUAUCAACGUUAACGUUAAUGGCAAUGCGCCCACGGCUGUUCUUAUGCCCUCCUCUUCCGAAUUGGGAGCUGGAGCAGCACCGUCAACGGAAACCGGCUCGGUCUCAAAAAUCCCCUCACAACCACCCCUACCCCAUCCCAAAUCCAAAUCCACAGCCGCCCCCGGCCCCGGCCCCGUCCCAGUCUCCUCGAUCCCAGGCAGACAACCCCCCCGCUCGGAAAUCAUCGCCUCCCAACUCUUGGCCAACGGUCUCCUCAAACUCGAUAAAGCAGGCGGACACGCCGGCAGGGACGGAAAGGACGGGAAGGACGGAAGGGAUGGGGAAGAUGGUAAAAAGGAGAGGAAACAUAAUUUGCAUUGGAAGUAUGAAGACCCGGCGUUGUUAUUGAGAGACGUGCUUGGGUGAGGAGGUGUUUAGAGGUGGGGCCGGGAGGGAAAGGGGAAGGGGGGUUGUACGGUUAUAAUAAUCUCACAGCAUUUGUACAUAGCAUUUUUUCUUUCAGCCCAUUUUCCUGCAUCCUAGCAUGAACA